CUCAGUUUUCCCAGCCUGCCUCCUAGCUCUGACUCAGACUAGCCUGUGCUGAGGAGAGCCUGGCAGACAGGGGUGGAAAAACUGCUCUCCCUGGACACUCCCUGUCCCCAGGGUCCUUAAAGCUCCCUGGACAGAGAUCAUUCCCCCUUCAUUUUGAAAACCCUUGGCAUGCGAUAAAUCCACCAUGGAAUCACCCCAAAGAUUACGUAUUCAGGGUAAUGAAAACCUUCAGCGCAUGAUGGCAGGGGCCAUGUUCCGGAAAGUGAAGUCUCGCUCUUCAAAGAAACAACGCCAUUUUAAACUGAAAGAAGACUGUGCAACUGUUGGGUACCAAUCCAGUUGGACCAAGAUGUCCAACUCUUCCUUCUCUGUCUGUGAUGUGGAGGUAGUGCGUGAGGGACAUCAGUCAGAGGUGCUGCAAAGCCUUGCACACGAGUUUGCGGCAGAAUGUUGCUUCACAUUGGUGUUUCGAGGCCGCCGUGGCAACCUGGACCUUGUUGCUGAGACCGCAGAGGAGGCUCAGGCAUGGAUCCAGGGUCUCCGUGCUCUCAUGGAGAAUAUGGAGAGCAUGGACGAACGGGAGAGGCUCGACCAAUGGAUCUGUGACUGGUUUGUAAAAGCUGACAAAAACAAAGAUGGCAGGAUGAACUUUAAAGAGGUCCGCAAGCUUCUUAAAAUGAUGAGCAUGGACAUAAACGAACAGCAUGCAAUGCUGCUUUUCAAGACAGCAGACAAAUCUCAGUCUGACACUCUGGAGUCAGAGGAGUUUGUUGAGUUCUACAAAAUGCUGACGGAGAGGAAGGACAUUCUGGCAUUAUUCCAGGAGUAUUCCAGUGAUGGUCAGAAACUGUCUGUGUGUGAUCUGGAGGACUUCCUGCGGGAAGAACAGCUGGAGGGCGACACAAGUCAACAACAUGCUAUUGAGCUGAUAGACCGCUACGAACCCUCAGACAAUGCUAAAAAAGGCCAGGCUAUGUCCAUAGAUGGCUUCCUGAUGUACCUGUGCUCUCCUGAGGGCUCCAUCUUUAACGCAGAGCACCAGGGCCUCUACCAGGACAUGAGCCAGCCUCUGUGUCACUAUUUCAUCUCCUCUUCCCAUAACACCUAUCUGCUGGAGGACCAGCUGAAAGGACCGAGCAGCGUGGAGGCUUAUAUCCAGGCUCUGAAGCGAGGCUGCCGCUGUGUGGAGGUUGACUGCUGGGAUGGCCCUAGUGGAGAACCCAUAGUAUACCAUGGACACACCUGGACCUCCAAGAUACUCUUCAAAGAUGUUAUUGCCUCAGUGGCAAACUAUGCUUUCAAAGUGUCAGAGUACCCUGUCAUCAUAUCCUUGGAAAACCAUUGUAGUGUAGAGCAACAACAAGUCAUGGCCAAGCACCUCAGCAACAUCCUUGGUGAGAGUCUACUGAAAUCCACACUGGAUGGCAGAGUUCCCAGUGAGCUACCCUCUCCACAGGAUCUGAAAGGGAAAAUACUGAUAAAAGGAAAAAAGAUCGGUGGAAUCGAGGACAAUUUGGAUGAAGCACAGGCGACCCUUACAGGUGAAGUGAGUGAUGAAGAUGAAGCUGCAGAAAUAGACAAAGACAGCCUACCACCAGAGGAAACAAGCCAAGGAGAGAAGAAUUCGAAGCAAAGUCUGUGCAAAGAACUAUCAGAUCUGGUGGUGUACUGCAAGAGUGUCCACUUCGGUGGUUUUGAGAAGUCUCGUGAGACAGGAAAGCCCUACGAAAUGUCUUCUCUCUCUGAGUCCAAGGCCAGGAAAUACAUCAAGGAAGCAGGGACAGAGUUUGUGCAGCACAACACAAGGCAGUUGACCAGACUAUACCCCAGUGGUAUGAGGACAGACUCAUCCAACUACUGUCCCCAGGACAUGUGGAAUGUGGGAUGCCAAAUAGUGGCCCUGAAUUUCCAGACAGCUGGCACUGAGAUGGACCUCAACGAUGGUCUCUUCAAUCAAAACAGCUCUUGCGGCUAUAUCCUAAAGCCUACGUUCUUAAGGGAAUAUGAAAAUGCCUUUGAUCCAGACAGACCCCAAGACUCCGGCAACUAUCAUCCCAAGAAACUCAUAAUCAAGGUGGUUAGUGGUCAGCAGCUUCCCAAAUUAAGUAAGAAGGAAGGCUCAAUUGUGGACCCUCUCGUCAGGGUAGAAAUCUAUGGUGUACCACAGGAUCAGUCCAAACAAGAGACGAAACACAUUGAUAACAAUGGAUUUAAUCCUCUAUGGAAUGAAAGCCUACUGUUUACCAUCCAUACUCCUGAGCUGGCACUUGUGCGGUUUGUAGUAGAAGACUAUGACAUGGGAAUGAGGAAUGAUUUCAUAGGACAGUACACCUUGCCUUUCACAUCUAUUUUACAAGGAUAUCGUCACAUCCCCCUGCUGUCCAAAGAUGGCACAAGUAUUACUCCGUCCUCUCUGUUUGUACACAUCCAAACCACAGACCUUGCAUAAUACCCAGCUGACACAUUAGUCAGCACCAGUAUGAUAAAGAAAUAACCUCUUUACCUCACACCUGUCCUUUGCUGUUUUUAUGAAAGAGACAAUCUUAUCACUAUUAUCAGAUGUUGUUCUAUUCAACAUUGUUUUUGCAUCAGAAUGGUUCUCCGAAGAAGAGUAGGAUUACUAGCAUGCAAGACGUUGCAUGUGGGAUACUCUCAAGCAAACUAGCCUUCACCUGUUGUCUGAAAACUUAUAUCUUAUAUAACAUCUUACACAAACCAAAGUGGCUCACCAAGUUAAUUCAAAUAUUGUUCUUUUUCAGGGUUUUAAUGCUGUUAAUGCUGGUGUUACAACUGUUUUAUUGAUGUCUUUGCAGAGCACGCAAUGCUGUAUAUGUCCUAAAACUGUAUGAAUGAUACGAUUCCUGCCAGUAUACUAGCAUAUAAUUACAGAAUGUUCUGCUUGUUAACUGUUUAUGAAGGGGUGAGAAGGUGAACAGGACUUAUUACUCAGUAUUAACUUUUUUUAUAUGGAGGAAAUGCUUCAAGCUCUUUUCCAUUAUCAUGACUUUUUUAAAAAGUAUUUUGAAUUUUUUCAUUUUAUGACAUCUCUGUUCUUUUCUUAAUUUGCUGCUAUCGGUGUGUAACAUUGCUUGACACACUUUGUCUUAUUUACAUAUUACUACCACAUUUGUAAAUAAGUUUACAUAAUAAAAUCAUUAUUACAAAA